AUGAGCUAUUUGGUACCAGUAUCAGUGGUACAAAUUAUUAGUUAUUUUGAAUUCGACUGGGAACGAGUGCGUGGUCGUAAAAUUUACCUUAAUUUCUUCAAUCUUCUGAAAGGGAAGGAUGCUAGUCCCACCAGUGAAGUCCCUGGAUUUGUGACGGCUCUAGUGAACACUGCUGAAAGCUAUGCUUAUAAGACAGAGCCGCAGCCUGGCUCCUGCCAGGGCAACAAGAACAAGCGGUGCGGUUGGCACAAGGGCAAGGCCCUUGGCGGCAGUUCAGUAAUAAACGCAAUGUUAAACGUGUUCGGCAAUGACAGAGACUACAACCAGUGGGAGGAGCAAGGCAACGAAGGCUGGGGCUACGAGAACAUACUUCGAUACCUUCGAAAGGCAACCAACUGUUCGCCAGAGUACAUAGCAAAGUACGGAGACAGACACUGCGGGACGAACGGUCCGAUGAGUAUUAAGAUGUUCAAUGAUUCUGAUUCUAUCGUUUCCGAGCUUUUGCUAGAGGCAGCUCGGAAGAUGGGCAUCGGUGUGCUGGAGCCUGUAGUUAGCGACCGCUACAUUGGUUUCGGGAGAACCUGCGGUAUCCUAGAUAACGGAGAGCGAAUGAACACUGUCAGAGCCUUUUUGUCUCUAAUCAAAGACAAGAAGAAUUUGCAUGUGAUGAAGUCCACCAGAGGCGACAAGGUUCUGCUGAAGGGCAAUAAGGCAGUGGGCGUCCGUGUGACGUCUAAGGGCGGGAUCACAGACUUAACCGCCUCCAAGGAAGUCAUUCUGUCAGCGGGCAGCAUCACCAGUCCUCAGUUGCUGAUGCUUUCGGGAAUAGGGUCCAAGAAGCAUCUAUAG